CAGUGCGUACUGUACUUGUGGGCAUUAAAGAUCAUAUACCCAGACACGCUGUUCAUGUUACGAGGCAAUCAUGAAUGUAGACACCUUACGGAGUACUUUACUUUCAAACAAGAAUGUAUGUUUAUAAAAUAUUCCGAGAAGGUGUACGAUGCAUGUAUGGAUGCGUUUGAUUGCUUACCGCUGGCAGCUGUCAUGAAUCAGCAAUUCCUCUGCGUUCACGGUGGUCUGUCGCCAGAGAUUCACAAUCUAGAUGAUAUCAGA